GAGCCCGGGCGUCGCUCCCCGCUCCCGGCUCCGGCUCCCCGCGCCCCGCGCCCCGCGCCGCCCGCAAAGCAUGAGCGAGCCCGCUCCCCGCAGCCGCCCCGGGCGCGAAUGGCAGGCGGUCUCCGCGGAGUGAAAGGGGGCGCCGGGCAGUGGUCCUUUCCAAUGACGGACAUUAACCAGACUGUCAGAUCCAGGGGAGUCGUGAGCCCCGACUUUGGAGUUUUUUUUUUUGUUUUUUUUUGUUUUUUUGUUUUUUUUUCACCCCCCCCCCCCGCAACGUCACAGUCCGAGCUGCAGAGGGAAAGGACAGCGGCAGGAAGGCGAAGCCCGGCGCCGGCACGUAGUUGGGAAACUUGCUGGUCCUAGAAGUCGCCUCCCCGCCUCGCCAGCCGCCCUUGCAGCCCAGAGCCGAGCAGCAAAGUGAGACAUUGUGCGCCUGCCAGAUCCGCCGGCCGCGGACCGGGGCUGCCUCGGAAACACAGAGGGGUCUUCUCUCGCCCUGCAUAUAAUUAGCCUGCACACAAAGGGAGCAGCUGAAUGGAGGUUGUCACUCUCUGGAAAAGGGUGGAUUUCUGACCGAGCGCUUCCAAUGGACAUUCUCCAGCCUCUCUGGAAAGAUUCUCGCUAAUGGAUUUCCUGCUGCUCGGUCUCUGUCUAUACUGGCUGCUGAGGAGGCCCUCGGGGGUGGUCUUGUGUCUGCUGGGGGCCUGCUUUCAGAUGCUGCCCGCCGCCCCCAGCGGGUGCCCGCAGCUGUGCCGGUGCGAGGGGCGGCUGCUGUACUGCGAGGCGCUCAACCUCACCGAGGCGCCCCACAACCUGUCCGGCCUGCUGGGCUUGUCCCUGCGCUACAACAGCCUCUCGGAGCUGCGCGCCGGCCAGUUCACGGGGUUAAUGCAGCUCACGUGGCUCUAUCUGGAUCACAAUCACAUCUGCUCGGUGCAGGGGGACGCCUUUCAGAAACUGCGCCGAGUUAAGGAACUCACACUGAGUUCCAACCAGAUCACCCAACUGGCCAACACCACCUUCCGCCCCAUGCCCAACCUGCGCAGCGUGGACCUCUCGUACAACAAGCUGCAGGCGCUGGCGCCCGACCUCUUCCACGGGCUGCGGAAGCUCACCACGCUGCACAUGCGGUCCAACGCUAUCCAGUUCGUGCCGGUGCGCAUCUUCCAGGACUGCCGCAGCCUCAAGUUUCUUGACAUCGGAUACAAUCAGCUCAAGAGUCUGGCGCGCAACUCUUUCGCCGGCUUGUUCAAGCUCACCGAGCUGCACCUGGAGCACAACGACUUGGUCAAGGUGAACUUCGCCCACUUCCCGCGCCUCAUCUCCCUGCACUCCCUCUGCCUGAAGAGGAACAAGGUGGCCAUCGUGGUUAGCUCGCUGGACUGGGUUUGGAACCUGGAGAAAAUGGACCUGUCGGGCAACGAGAUCGAGUACAUGGAGCCCCAUGUGUUCGAGACCGUGCCGCACCUGCAGUCCCUGCAGCUGGACUCCAACCGCCUCACCUACAUCGAGCCCCGGAUCCUCAACUCCUGGAAGUCGCUGACGAGCAUCACCCUGGCCGGGAACCUAUGGGACUGUGGGCGCAACGUGUGCGCCCUGGCCUCCUGGCUCAGCAGCUUCCAGGGGCGCUACGACGGCAACUUGCAGUGCGCCAGCCCGGAGUACGCGCAGGGCGAGGACGUCCUAGACGCCGUCUACGCCUUCCACCUGUGCGAGGAUGGGGCCGAGCCCACCAGCGGCCACCUGCUCUCAGCAGUCACCAACCACAGUGACCUGGGGCUCCCGGCCAGCCUGGCCACCACGCUCGCUGACGGCAGGGAGGGGCAGCUCGACGGCACGCACGAGCCGGCCACUGUUGCCCUCCCCGGUGGCGAGCACGCCGAGAACGCCGUGCAGAUCCACAAGGUGGUCACAGGCACCAUGGCCCUCAUCUUCUCGUUCCUCAUCGUGGUCCUGGUGCUCUAUGUCUCCUGGAAGUGCUUCCCAGCCAGCCUCAGGCAGCUCAGACAGUGCUUUGUCACGCAGCGCAGGAAGCAAAAGCAGAAACAGACCAUGCAUCAGAUGGCUGCCAUGUCUGCCCAGGAAUACUACGUUGAUUACAAACCGAACCACAUUGAGGGAGCCCUGGUGAUCAUCAACGAGUAUGGAUCCUGUACCUGCCACCAGCAGCCCGCCAGGGAAUGCGAGGUGUGAUUGUCCCAGCGGCUCUCAACCCGCGCGCUACCAAAUACGCCUGGGCAGCUGGGGCGGCCGGCCAGCGCCAGGCUGGGGGCUCCUUGUCUGUGCUCUGAUAUGCUCCUUGACUGAAACUGUAAGGGGUUAUCUCCCAGAGACUUGACAUUUUAGCUUUAUUGUGUCUUAAAAACAAAAACGAAAUAAAACACAACAAAAACCCCGCCCCACAACCUUCAGGACAGUCUAUCUUAAAUUUCAUAUGAGAACUCCUUCCUUCCUUUGAAGAUCUGUCCAUAUUCAGGAAUCUGAGAGUGUAAAAAGGUACCAAUCAUUGAUUUUUUUUUUUUUUUGUAAACUAAAAUGUUUAAAAUAAAAUAGCAUUUACAGUUUUUACAGACUGGUGUAACCUAAAUGAAUUGUUACCUGUGUUAAAAGAGAAGCAACAGUUAAAAUGUC